AUGGCUAUUUCAGGGCUUCUGACUGUGCAGUCUCUUCACCCGCCUAAGCCUCCUGCUGCAGAGCAAACCAGUUCUCUACAGUCUGCCUUUUAUCUGCCAAUGGAGAUCACCAACAGAAAGUUUACUAAUGAACUGCUGAACUCAGCCUCUGAGGAAUAUCAGACCUUGUAUAAAGAAGUCAGUGACUUGGUUAAGCAACCACAACAACUACAACUACCACAACAACCACAACUACCUCAACAACUACAACAACACCUACAACAACUACAACAACAGCUACAACAACAACUACACCUACAACAACACCUACAACUACCACAACAACAACAACUACAACAACAACUACAACUACAACUACAACUACAACAACUACAACACCCCCAACUACAACAACACCUGAUAAACAACUACAACAACACCUACAACUACAGCAACAACCACAACUACAACUAUAACCACAACACCUACAACUACAACUAUACCCACAACUACAACUACAACACCCAUAACUACAACAACACCUAUAACCACAACAGCAACUACAACUACACCCACAACUACAACAUACAACUACAACAACAACUACAACAACAGCAACCACAACUACAACAACAACUACAACACCUACAACUACAACCAGAACGCCUACACUACAACUACAACCACAACUACAACAACACCUACAACUACAAAAACACCUACCACAACACCUACAACUACACCCACAACUACAACCACAACAACACCUACAACUAUAACCACAACACCUACCACACCUACAAUCAGAACUACAACUACACCCCCAACUACAACCACAACAACACCUACAACUAUAACCACAACACCUACAACCACAACUACACAACAACAACACCAACAACUACCACAAUAACACCUACAACUACACCAACUCCUACUACCACAACAAAACCCACACGACCUACAACUACCUCAACCACCACACACAUAACUACUACAAAGUCAAAACCUAAAUCUACAAUCAUACUACCCACAACUACAACACCUACGUCUACUGCAACAAAUAAAACACCUACAGCUACCACAGCACCUUCAACUAGCACUGGACCCACAACUCCAGCCUCAACCACCAAGGCAAAUCAUAGGUACCCAGCUGUGAACAACACUACUGUGAAUCCACAUAACUCAACUGAAAAGCCCAACGAUCCCCUGACAUCAGGUGGCAGCAGCAGCAACAAUGGGAGCAGUGACCAGGUUCCUGGAUGGGCUAUAGCCCUCUUAGUGUUAGCUGCUGCCAUCUUGUUGCUACUCGUAAUCAUCUUUAUCAUGAUGUUGGUUCGAUGGUGUUGUAAGAAAACAGAAAGCGGUUUCAUGGACACCGCUCAGGAUCCAUAUUACAAUGAAAAGACACAACCCCCUCAUGCACCUGCCCUGCCAGUGUACUCACCUCCAACCCCAGCGAGGCCAGAACCAAUGUCAACCCCAGUAAUGGUUGGGGACACUCCUAAGAACAGAACAGGGUUUUAUGCCGUGAAUCCCUGAACAUCUCUGCAUGAAUGAAAGCCAUGAAAAAACAG